CGUCAGAGGGGCGCGACCGAGCCGGCGCCGCGGGAAGGAGCUGCUGAGGGAUGCCCAAGAAGUUCCAGGGUGAGAACACCAAGUCGGCGGCCGCCCGUGCACGGAGGGCGGAGGCCAAGGCUGCGGCCGAUGCCCAGAAGCAGAAGGAGCUGGAGGAUGCGUACUGGAGGGACGAGGACAAACACGUCAUGAGGAAGGAGCAGCGUAAGGAAGAGAAGGAGAAGCGGCGCCUGGAGCAGCUUGAGCGCAAGAAGGAGACGCAGCGCCUGCUGGAGGAGGAGGACUCGAAGCUCAAGGGCGGGAAGGCGCCCCGGGCCGCGGCACCCAGCAAGGUCACGCGCGCCCAGAUCGAGGACUCGCUGCGCCGGGAGCACCAGCACCGCGAGGCCCCUGAGCCAGAGAAAGCCAAGAGCCACCUGGAGGUGCCGCUGGAGGAGAACGUGAACCGCCGGGUGCAGGAGGAGGGUAGCGUGGAGGCGCGCACUAUCGAGGACGCCAUCGCUGUACUCAGCGUGGCGGAGGAGGCCGACCGGCACCCCGAGCGACGCAUGCGGGCGGCCUUCACAGCCUUCGAGGAGGCCCAGCUCCCUCGGCUCAAGCAGGAGAACCCCAACAUGCGGCUGUCGCAGCUGAAGCAGCUGUUGAAGAAGGAAUGGCUGCGCUCCCCGGAGAACCCCAUGAACCAGCGGGCCGUGCCCUUCAAUGCCCCCAAGUGAGACCAGAACUGAGAACGCUGCCACCCCUUCUGGCAGUGCAGGCCGACACGCUGUUCGCCCUCCCGCUGGCUCAGCCAGUAGGAUCGGAGAGCAUUGCCGGCCCUGGCACCAUCACUGCCGCCUUGGGACAGAGGGUCCCCCCUCCUCGGUGACACCUCACCUGGUGGGGGUUCAUCCCCCCAUCUGAGCACCCAAUAAAGGCAAGGGAGGCUACGCGAG